AUGAGACGGUGGAAUUCAAUCACCACCAAGAUCGUUGUCGCUGCUUUGUGCAGCUACGCUGUCUUCAGCGUGCUCCUCAGCAACAGUGAGGCCUACGAUUCAACACGAAAUCUCGUCCGCGCCGGUCAGCGCCGAUUGUACGGUUCAACUUUUGACCGCAUCAAUAAUGAGACUCUUGGGUUCGAAAAGAUCUUUGCGAUCGGCUUGAAGGAGCGGUCGGAUAAGCGUGAUUUCCUCUCCCUAGCGGCUUCCGUCACCGAUAUCAAGGUCGAGUGGAUAGAUGGAGUGAAGCCGGAGACUAUACCCGACAAGGCGCUGCCGGAGAAAUACAAUACGUCAUGGCUGAAGCCUACUGUUGCUGGUUGUUGGCGCGCACAUAUGAAUGCGAUGCAAGAGAUAGUCAAUAAUCGAAUCUCUACGGCUUUGAUUCUAGAGGAUGAUGCCGACUGGGAUGUUUCUAUCCGACAACAACUUCGCGAAUUCGCCCAAGGAGUCCGCACGAUAACCGAUAAUCAGAAAGCGCCCAGGGAAACACCAUAUGGCACAAAUUGGGAUAUCCUCUGGGUAGGUGGUUGCUCGGCUGGCCCCGGCUCUAAGGAAUCCAACAUCUACGCCGUCCCCAAUGAUCCCACUGUUGCCGCUGUUCGGCACCGACGCAAUAUCUGGGGAGGGCCUUCUGAGACAUGGAAGAAGAAGCACCCCGAGUACCCCGAGGACUCGACGCGGUAUAUCUUCCGCGCUCAGACGGGAUGCUGUACGUACGGGUAUGCCGUGACUUACGAGGGUGCGAGGAGGAUGAUCGCCGCGUUGUCGCUCGAUUAUAUGGACCUGGCGAUCGAUAACUCCAUGAGUGAUAUGUGUGCCGGCAACCAGCGUGAACAGAUUCGCUGCUACGGCCCCUAUCCUAACAUCAUCGGAACAUAUAAACCGGCCGGUUUUGCAUCGCGAGGCUCUGAUAUCGAGGUCUAUAAUGACGAGUACCACGAGGCCAGCUCGCACAAUAUGAUCUACAGCACUAGGUUGAACAUCCAUCGACUACUCAGAGGGGAGGACACGGUUCUUGGACAGUAUUCCGACGACCGGAGAGAUACAUGGCUCAAGGGCGAGGUCAAGGUGAACGAGAUUCAGUAUCCAACUGGUCGUCUCAUUCCUUGA